AUGAGGACACCUAAGGCUUCGAAUUCCCAGCGGGGAGGGGCGGAACUGUUAGCGGCAUUGGUGACAAGUGAGGGACUACGGCCGGAGGUUGGGCAAGAAUUGGGGGUACGUUUCUUGACCCUUGCCGUCAACGGAGAUGGCUUUGUUUGGGCUCUGGCUUUGGCACCGGAAGAAGAUUUGCAGAAGUACGAUAUUGCAUUGGAGGCAACAGCUAUGUCUCCUUCCGAUCAGUUGAAUCCGGACGCGGAUUGGCCAGUAUGGUGUGACAACCUCUUUGAGGGUGUUACUAGACUGAAGCUUUUCUCUGUGCCUGGACACCCUGCCCAGUACACCAAGGCGGUUAUAUGCAACAACCUAACUACGUUCUUGAACCAAAAGGAGCCUUUGGAUGAGGAUAUUAGAGAGACGAUUUUCUGGGAGCUUUUCGGUCGGGGUGAAGGGGAACAGCACCCACAAGAUACAGGCGAUGUAAAGUUUCACGUGUUUGCUUCUAGGAAACUUGACUCCGGUGAUUCCGAGCUCGUCGGCAAGGUAUUAGAGGAAUGGGCACCCGUCGUUCGAAGAGCAACCGCCAAUUGUGUUACACGCUGGGGGUUAAGAUGCUACUCGUACUGUUCAAAGCCGCGGCCGCACAUUCGCUGGCCCUUACACACGAACCUCUUUUCGAAGAAACAGGUGGCAUGCUUUGCAGCAGCCAGUCUCGUCGUGACGACCUGGGCCUUUAUCGACGACUUCGCUUCCAGGCCCUGA